CGGGUGUUGAGUCGUUGCAAAACAGACCAUCCAGCAGCACAGUGGUAGAGGAGGACAGUCACCGAGAAUCCUGGAUAACGAAGCUUUAGGAAAAGAAACACGUGUUCAUGACACAUUAGCAUGUCUUGGAACAUGAGCAGCCAAUCACAGCCAAGGUUACACCACGUUGCAGGUGAUGCUGUCAGAGGUGCUGCAGGUGCUGCGAGGAGCAGGUAAAGUGGGUUCUGCCCUGGUCACCACGCAGGGAGAGCAGCUCCGGUUAAUGGCCUGUAACUCCUCCCUGGGAGCAGGAGUCAAAGCUGCUCAGGACGUGGUGGAGGGAUUCAUGGGCACUUUUAUGGGAGGCAGUAAUGCGCAACAGUCAAUAAAGGAGGAUGUGUUUCCGGAUGCGGAGGGCUGGGAGAAUGUGGACCCUGAUGAAGCAGCUAAAUGGGCUGUUGGGUCGGACUUCUCCCCUGAUGCAGAAGCUGGAGCUGCAGGAGAUAUACCAACAGGAGCGCAUCCUCCUCCAGGGGCAGCAGCUGGGGGGGCCGGCUGGCCGGGUCAGAGUGCUCGGUUCCUCCACACCUUUCCAGGCCUCCACCGGUACUACUGCCAGACCAGGUCUGUCCAUGACACUGUGGUGGCCAGACUCACACCAGAGGACAUCAAGAAGGCCAGGGAGGCGAAGCAGGCUGCGGCCAAACCUGUCAGACAGAAGCUGAGCGAACGUGCCAGAGAGAGGAAGGUUCCUGCCACCAGAAUCAGCAGGCUGGUUAAUUUUGGGGGACUGGCAGUAGGUCUGGGGAUCGGUGCCAUCGCUGAGGUGGCAAAACAGUCGCUGGGCGGCAAACAGAAAGGAGACAUGAAUGCUCUGUUAGACUCUCCUCUCCUGUCGGAGGCCAACGCUGAGAGAAUAGUCAACACGCUGUGUAAAGUUCGUGGUGCUGCGCUGAAGAUCGGACAGAUGCUCAGUAUUCAGGACAACUCCUUCAUUAACCCCCAGCUGCAGAAGAUCUUUGAGAGGGUCCGGCAGAGUGCAGACUUCAUGCCCACGUGGCAGAUGAAUAAAGUUUUAGAGGAGGAACUGGGACCAGGCUGGCGAGAGAAACUAUCGUCCUUUGAAGACAAACCAUUCGCUGCAGCUUCCAUCGGCCAGGUGCAUCAUGGGGUGUUGAAAGACGGUAGAGAAAUAGCCAUGAAGAUCCAGUAUCCUGGGGUGGCGGAGAGCAUCCACAGCGACAUAAACAACCUGAUGUCUGUGCUGAAAAUGAGCGUCGUCCUGCCAGAAGGUCUGUUUGCAGACAGCAGCUUAGAGGUUCUUCAGAGGGAGCUGGCGUGGGAGUGCGACUACAAGAGGGAGGCAGAGUGCGCCAAGAAGUUCAGGUCCCUGUUGGAGGGAGAUGAGUUCUUCCAAGUCCCAGAGGUGAUCGACGAGCUGUCGGGAAAGAGGGUUCUGGCCAUGGAGCUGGUACAGGGAGUCCCGCUGGACCGCUGUGUAGACCUGGACCAGGAGACCAGGAACCAGAUCUGUUUCAACAUCCUCCAGUUGUGUCUCCGGGAGCUGUUCGAGUUCAGGUUCAUGCAGACGGAUCCAAACUGGGCCAACUUCUUCUACAACUCUGACACUAACAAGGUCGUCCUGUUGGACUUUGGAGCGUGCAGAAGUUACCCAGAGUCAUUCACAGACGACUACAUACAGGUGGUGCACGCAGCCUCCGUGGGCGAUCGAGCGACUGUUCUUUCCAAAUCGAAGGACCUGAAGUUCCUGACAGGCUUCGAGGCCAAGGCCUUUGAGGAUGCCCAUGUGGAGGCGGUGAUGAUCCUCGGCGAAGCCUUCGCGUCGGCGGAGCCCUUCGACUUCGGCACGCAGAGCACCACCCAGCGCAUCCAGAGCCUCAUUCCCGUCAUGCUGCGCCACCGCCUCACCCCGCCGCCCGAGGAGACGUACUCCCUCCACCGCAAGAUGGCCGGCUCCUUCCUCAUCUGCUCCAAGCUGAAGGCGCGCAUAUCCUGCAGGGACAUGUUCCUCGACGUGUACAACGCCUACAACCAGAGGAGGCAGGCGGAGCAGGCCAGUGUGUAGAAGCUCACGGACGAGGUUAGCGCCUAAAUACGCCCAGGACUUUUUCAGAGUGGGUGACCAAGUAAAGGGACAGAGGGUGGAGACUUGAAUCUGGAUCAGACUCUACACCACGUAACUGACUACACCAGUGUGCUCAGGUGACGACUGUAACAUGGAAUUUAAAUAUUAAUGAAAACGGUGAUAAAUGUGUCAUUACUAGGGUUGCAAAAUUCUUGGAAAGUUGUAACCUUUCCAUGGGAACUCAUGGGAAUAUAUAGGAAUUAAUGGGAAAAUAUGGGAAUUAACAAGAAUAAAGUGGAAAUUUGUGAAAUUGCAGGUUAGACUAUAACAUGGAAUUUAAAUGUAAUUGAGGAAAAAAACAUCUUGGAGCAUAAUCUUGCUAAAACAACCAGAUUUAAUGCAAGUUCAGUUGAAUUUCUAUUGUCUUCUAAUUUAUUUGUGAAUAUUGAAAUAAAAUAAACAUAUGCCCUCUGAUCCUCUCACCCCCAGGGUAGAAAUUCAACUGAAUUUGCAUUAUAUCUGGUUGUUUUAACCAAGAUUAUGCUGCAAGAUGUUUGUUCUUCCAACUACAUUUAAAUUCCAUGUUAUAGGCCAACCUGCAAUUUUGCAAAUUUCCAGUUUAUUUCCAUUAAUUCCCAUAUAUUCCAAUUGAUUCUCAUUGAAAGUUUCCAACUUUGAAUAUUUCCAAACUUAAUCAGCUUCUUUCCAUGGAAAGUUUCUGGAAAUUUACCAGUUUUCUGCCCCUUUGCAACCCUAGUCAUAAUAAAUAUAUACUGACGCCCAGAUGACUUCAUUACUAAUUAAACCUGUAUGUUAAUUGAUGAUCUUUCAUUUUAAGUGUUGGUGUGUUUGAUUACAUCAGUUACAUUUCUCAAAAACAAAGAUGUAUAUUUCACUUUUUUUCCUCCUUGACUUCUGACUCCAGCGACGUCCACCAUGUUUCCCAAAGAGCUGGGAAUCUUCUGUCUUUACAGGACAGAUCAUUGCCAAGCUGACGCUGCCAAGUGCUCGCUCUCUCUCUCUCUCUCUCUCUCUCUCUCUCUCUCUCUCUCUCUCUCUUUUGUUAGAAGGACUUUGAUGUGCUGCCUGAUGAGUUGAUGAAUAAAGCUUUCUCCUAAACUGGCAGACUAGAUGAGCAGAUUAUCAGAGGGAAUUAGCGAAGGCAGUCUAAUGGAACCCCGCUGAGUAAUGGCCUUGCAUUAUAAAGCAUAUUUGACAUAAAACGUCAUAAUGCAAAACACUGAUGGUCCUUUCUUUUUUAAAGGUUGUUGCGUUUUCUUUUAUAAUUAAAUAAAAUGUGAAAAAUA